AUGAUCCCGAGAGGAAGGGGAUCGCUGUCCUUGAUGCGGCGUCAGCCGUUGAUGGGCAGCGCGUCUUCCCUACUGCGGCCGCAGUUCCCGGCGGCAUCACUCGUGCGACCGACAGUCGCCACCAGCUCCCUGUCACGCCUGGUCGCCCCAAGUAUCCGAUUCUAUGCCGACGACGCGCAGCCACCUCCGAAGGAGGAAGAUGCUGCCAAGAAGGAGGACUCUGAGGCGGCAAAGCAGGAGAAACCUGAAGAGAAGAAGGUCGAGGAGGAGGAGCUCGACGCGUCCGACCCGGAAGCCGUUGAAGCCGCGCGGCAACACGCGUCAUUCUACAUUUCGAACGUCCUUCCGAUAAGGCUGAGUGGGUUCGACAUUCGCCCCAAGCUCGCUGAGAUUCGGGAGCAGACGAUCAUGGAGCAGCUUAACCAGAUCGUCGGCGGACUGAAGGGUCGGCACGCGUUCCGACUCGAGUCGUAUGAGAUUGCGCGCAAGGACGGCGGCGUGUUCUUCCACUUCACCUACCUGAAGCCGAAGUUGACGCAGCUUCCGCGCAAGCACCAAGGCUGGACUCACGAGCACGCACCUGAGGACGAGGCACCUGAACCCACCAGCCCGGCAGCCCUCUUCCUCCCGCCAUUGCUCGAGAGUGCGCAGAAGCAUGGCGGAUGGCCCUCCUGGCUCGGCAAGUGGUGGAGCAACUUCACAGACCGGCAUAACACCCCCAAGACAGAGAGCGGACACGAGUACUAUCGUGGUGGAGCGGUUCCAGUCCGCGAGCCUGAGUUGCGCGGGUGGCAACGCGAUGCCGGAGCCGGUCGUGCCUGGGUCGUCAAAGGCCGCCAGUGGACCGAGGACUUGUCGCGCUACCCGUCUUCGCAGCUCAAGGUCGAGUUCGCUGGUCCGGACGUCGGGCAGGAAGUUCUCUACUCUUUGUUCCGACCAUACGGACGCAUUAUCGAGAUCGUACCGCCGUCGCCGGUACCGGCCGGUGCGCUGAGGUACAGCAUCCUGAAGUUUUCGCGUAUCUCGACAGCAGUCGCAGCGAGCAACUGUCUCCAUUCUUACUCGACGCCGACAAGCCAGAUCGACUAUGACCUCGUGAAGAAGCAGCCAGACCAGGAUGUGACCCGCUCUACCCUCAAGAUCUGCUAUGAGCAGCCGCUGAAGGGGCACUACUUCCGUGAUUGGGUGAGGGACCACCCGAAGAUUGCGAUUCCGAUCCUGGCGUUCCUCCUUGGCGGUCUGUCGUACAGCUUCUUCGACCCCAUCCGCUCCUUCUUCGUGCGCAACGACAUUGAGGGAACGUGGGAUUUGGAGAAGUACCAGACCGUCAAGUUUGUCCGCGACAACAUCUGGCUUCCUGUGUACAACACGCUUACGGGGCAGCGUAACCGCCCGCAGCGGAAGCGCAAUGUCGACGAUCUCGGCCGCGCAUCCUGGCAGGACAGGAUGGAGGCUGAGGCAAACAUCGAAAAGUGGAUCCGCGAGUUCCCCUCCACGUUCAUUGUCGUCACCGGUCCUCCGGGCAGCGGCAAGCACGAACUCGUGCACCGCAUGAUUGAGGGCUCGCACCGACCGUCGCUGGAGAUCGACUGCGCGGAAGUCGCGAAGGCGAAGACGGACGGCGACCUCGUGAAGAACCUGGCAGCUCAGACGUCUUACUGGCCCGUGUUCUCAUUCUUGCAAAGCAUGAACGGCCUGAUCGACCUGGCGGCUCAGGGCCUGAUCGGACAGAAGGCCGGCUUCAGCACGCCGAUUGACGAGCAGCUGCGCAACAUGCUCGAUGUCGUCACUACCGCACUGAAGGGCGUGACACAAGAUGAGCAGGAGGACAGGCUGGAGGCAGCGCGGCAUGCCGAGCGUGAGAAGAAGACGCACUUCAUGCACGAGGCGGCUCGCGAGUCGAUCAACAACGGAACGUACCAUGACGGCCGCCUCGACUGCAUCGCAGGCAACGGAGUCAUGUCCGAGCUCGGAUUUGGGCAGGAGCCGAUGACGUCCAAGGACGCUCGUGCGCCGAAACCAAAGGAGGAGAGCACGGAGCACUUGGUUGCUCGCGCCCAGGCCGCGCUCGCAGACAAGCCCCCGCCCGCCGAGCAGUCCGAGGACGCAGCGGACGAGGCGCCUGUGCUUGACACGAAUGCCGAGACAAUCAGCACACUCCCAAUCGUUGUGCUGCGCAACUUCAGCGCAAAGCCGGCCCGGGGAGACCUCUGGAAGGUACUUGCCGAGUGGGGCGCGGGUCUGUUGGACAACAAGAUUGCGCACGUCAUCGUCGUCGGCGAAGGCAGUCUCACGACCAAGACGCUGACGCACGCUCUGCCGUCCAAGCCUCUGAACCACGUCACGCUCUCCGACGCAGACACGUACAACUCGCUCGAGUUUGUGCGGGAGAAGCUCUCCUCGUCCGAGAAGGACAAGGACGGCAACCCCAAGCAGUACGUGCUGUCCGAGAAGGAGAAGGAUGCGAUUGCCAAGCUCGGCGGUCGCAUGGUCGACCUCGAGCUGCUCGUGUACAAGGUCCGCGGCGGGCAGAGCAUCACGCAGGCUGUCUCCGACAUCGUGCUCCGCAAUGAGGUCGAACUGAGGAAGCAGGCCUUCGGCGACGACAGCGAGGACGCUGCCUCUCUCCCGUGGAGCAGGGCGCAGGCCUGGAAGCUCGUCACUGAGCUCGCGCGCGCUCCAGAGCUGUCCUACGAGAAGCUCCUGCAGUACUACCCCUUCAAGGGCGGCGACAUGGCGCUGAAGGCGAUGGAGGAGCGGGACAUUGUGACGAUCGUCUACCGCGAUGGGCGCGCCUAUGCCGUGCGCCCGGGCAAGCCCGUGUUCCGCGAGGCGUUCCGCCAACUCGAGGCGGACAGCACGUUCGCGGCCGCGAGCCAGAUUGCGUACAACAACAGCGUCAUUUCCGCCGCCGAGGCAGCAAUCAAGGGUUACGAGGAGGAGCUCAACAAGCUCAAGGCGCUGAUUGGAGAGGGAGACGGCCUGAAGCUCAGCGACAAGAGCAGGGGAUGGCUCACGUCCUGGUGGGGCGAGAGCUCGCCCAUCAACCAGCGCGCCAAGUACCUGCUCGAGCAGAUGGACGCCAGCAUGAAGAAGAUUGCGGCGGCCAAUGCCGACAAUGCGUGCCAGCUCGAGAAGUUCAACCCGCCCACGGAGGGACAGGGCAAGUGCCGCACGCGCCUGGCUUCGUAG